AUGAUCCACUUAAAUACUGUAUUUUCUGUUUGCAUGAAGUUGAUUGAGACUAUCCAGAGCAUCAAGUCUGACACGCACUGCUCUGAAGAUGAUGUCAGCGGUCUCCCUCCUCAGAAGCCUCUCCAGCACUGGAUCACCAGAGCUCAGUCUUCAGUGCUGCACUGCUCUGUUGCUCUGCAGCAGCUCUCGUGGAUCCUCCAGUGCUGUCCUGAAGGUUCUUCUGCAGCCCCUGCUGAGGCCAGGGAGGGGGAGGUCAUGCAGGGUCAGGCCACACUGAGCCACCCGUCUCCCAUGCCCCCUCACAUCCAGCCACAGGCGUGUCUGCUGCGGAGAGGGGAGCAGGCUUGGAAGGAGGUGCAGCAGAAGCUGGAGAACCUAACGAAGGAAGUGAAAGACCUGAAAGAGAAGCUGGAUGGAUUGGCCCUGGAAUACACUGAAAGAGUUGUCCAUAGCUGGGAUCACUUCACACUUUGCUGUUCCUCUCUGGACCGGCUAGGCAUCGUGGUGGGUCAGAUGCCGGCUCUAGAACAACUCUUUUAUUCCUGA